AUGCGCCGUAAGUACCUCUUUGUUGGGCAAGUCCUGCUUCUGCUGCUCGUCGUUGUCGCUCUCUACUACGGUAGCCACCACAUCACUCGACUGCCGGCACCCAUACGAUUACCCAACAGUACGAACAGCGACAACAGUGCCGUCGAUGGCACCACAGACACCACAGAGACCUCUUACACAUACAGUGGCAUUCUCUCGGCCGAGAACAUCACACGAUAUGUGAAUAGCAUCUUCGAUGUGAAAAACGCGGACCUCCCCCGACUCAAGUGCCCCGACAUCCCCUCCCCAUCACGAUAUGACAGUCUGAAAACUUCCCCAGGCGAUGGUCGCCAGAUCAAAUAUUACUUUGCGAUUGACCUGCGAGAUACGGUGCCACUUCUGCCGCGGCUGCUGGGCAGUGUCGUUGAGACAAUCAAGUUUCUCGGUCCAGCGAGCUGUGCGUUCUCCAUCGUCGAGGGCAACUCCCACGAUGGAACCUAUGAUGUUUUGCAAGCCAUCCGGGCAAGCUUCAACGAUCUCGACACCACAUAUUUCCUGCGCUCGAGCGCCGUCGACCCCAAAGAGGGCGACCGCAUUGCCAAGCUCGCCGAGCUGCGCAACCUCGCCUUGCAGCCGCUGCUGGACGGCAACGUGCCCGGGGCCGACCAGGACACCACCGUCGUCUUUCUCAACGACGUCGCCGCCUGCACCGAGGACAUCCUGGAGCUCGUCCACCAGCGCCGCCGUCUAGGCGCGGACAUGACCUGCGGUCUCGACUGGGUCUACGUCGGCCGCGACCCGACGUUCUACGAUGUCUGGGUCGCCCGCGGCAUGAACGGCGACUCCUUCUUUGACAUCCCGCCCGACGGUAACUGGAACUCCGCCUGGAACCUGUUCUGGAACAACGACGCCGCCCGCGCCAGCCUGGCCGCCCACCGCCCCUUCCAGGUCUUUUCCUGCUGGAACGGCGCCGCCGUCUUUGGCGCGAAGCCGCUGUUGGACGCGGCCUCCCGCAUCCGCUUCCGCGGCCCGCGCGACGGCGAGUGCAGCCAGGGCGAGCCGGAGCUCUUUUGCAAGGACAUGUGGUUCCACGGUUACGGCAAGAUUGCCGUCGUGCCGAGCGUGAACCUCGAGUACUCGGACGCCAAUGCCCAGCGGAUCAAGGACCUCAAAGGCUACACGUCGCGGUGGACGGCCGAGGCCGGCGACGAGGACGACGAAGAAAAGAUUGCGUGGCAAACCACGCCGCCCGAGACGGUCAAGUGCAUUCCGUCCUACGAUUCGCAAAGUUUCCGCCCGUGGAACGAGACGUUGGGGUAA